GUUAAUUAAAACUUUUUUUAUUCUGAUUUUUUUUAAUCACUUAAAAUUAAAUCAUCGUUGCGAUAUUUAAAUUUUAAAAACCGGAAAUUAGAAGCUUUUUCGAAUAUCUCAUUUUGCGCUCCGGCGGAUUUUUUUGGCGCUUUUUUUGUUUCGAAGAACUUUCGCACUGUCACCGCGGAAGGGAUGGAGGUUAUGUUCAAAAUCGGUCCAAGGAUUUGUGUUUUGCUUACAAUUUAGAAUAAAUAGUGCAAAAGAUGCUUUUACCAUCAAUAAAUGUGCUCAAACUAACUCGAAUAGUCAUAACGAAUCACUGCAAAAGAAAUUCCACCUUCAACUUGCUGUGUCAUCGAUGUUCUGCCACAUUUCCACUUCUAUCCCGGAUCCGGCCUGGCCAGUGUUCAUCCCUGAUUGCGAGACAAUGUUCAACAAAGGCAUCUGGGAAGAGGGUGAAGUUCAAAAAGUCAGAUUUGAUAAGGCUCUUUCAGCUGGCGUCAAAGGAAAAAUGGGCUAUAUUUGGUGGGAUUGGAUGCCUGGUGGUAUCGUCGAGCAUCACAAUGGCUGUUCCCUAUGGACUAGGGAAGAUUCUGGACACAAUUUAUUCAGAUGAGUCGAACGAAGUUGCCAAGGAGCGGCUGAAGAAGUUCUGCCUGAUCUUGGCGGGGAUUUUUAUAAUCGGUGGUGUUUCGAAUUUUGGAAGAGUGUACCUGUUCAACAGUGCCUCUCUUAGAAUUGUUCAGGAUAUCCGGUCGCGGCUUUAUAGAUCGAUGCUGGGCCAGGAAGCCGGAUGGUUUGAUCAGAAGGGAACCGGGGAACUUGUCAAUCGCCUCUCGCAAGAUGCGUACUUAGUGGGGAAUUCCCUGAGUCAGAAUCUCUCCGAUGGGCUGAGAUCUACUGUGAUGGUAACUGCUGGAGUUGGAAUGAUGAUAAACACUUCUCCCCAUCUGGCUUUAGUGGGAAUGUGCGUGGUGCCAGCUGUGGCAGGAAUGGCAGUUGUGUACGGGAGAUACGUGAGAAAUAUCACAAGACGCCUUCUGGAUCAGUAUGCUGGCAUCAUGAAAACCGGGGAAGAGCGUUUGGGGAACAUCAAGACGGUGAAGAUGUUCUGUCGCGAGGAACAAGAAAGUCAACUAUUCCUCAGUCAACUCUACGAUGCUCUCCAGCUAGGCUACAAAGAAGUUCAAGCCAGGGCAAUCUUCUACGGAUUAACUGGUCUCUCCGGGAACAUCUUGAUCAUGUCUGUGCUGUUCUACGGAGGGAAUAUGGUGGCCAAUGAGGAGCUAACAGUUGGAGCUCUUACUUCAUUCAUCCUCUACGCGGGCUAUUCGGCAAUAUCCAUCAACGGGCUUAGCAAUUUCUACACAGAACUGAACAAGGGACUAGGAGCUGCUCAGAGGAUCUGGGAGAUCUUUGACCGGAAACCUCUGAUCCCUGUGGCAGAAGACGGGGGAAAAAUUUUACCGUCUCUUGGCCCAAUUGUUUUCAGGAAUGUUGGAUUUCAUUAUCCGUCCCGGCCUGGAAAUGAAGUUCUCGAGGAUUUGAGUUUGACCAUUGAGCCAGGAAUGACAACAGCGGUGGUGGGAAAAAGUGGAUCCGGGAAGUCUACUAUUGGCAUUCUUCUGCUUCGCCUCUACGAUCCUACGCGUGGUCAGGUGACCCUCAAUGGAGUCGAUAUCCGGGAACUCGAUCCACGAUGGCUGCGAUCAAAUAUUGGUGCUGUCAACCAGGAGCCAAUUCUGUUCAGUGGCACAAUUCGGGAGAAUAUUCUCUACGGUGUCAAUGAGGGAAACUCAAUUUCUGAAGAGGAUUUCCAGCGAAUCGUUCAGGAAGCUCAUGUAGAUGAAUUUGUACGGAGUCUUCCCCAGGGAUUAGAGACAGUUGUGGGCCAACGUGGAAUGAUGCUGAGUGGAGGGCAGAAACAGAGAGUAGCCAUUGCGAGAGCUUUGAUCAAAAAUCCAGCAAUUUUGCUUCUCGAUGAAGCCACAAGUGCUCUCGAUGCUGGAUCCGAGGAGCACGUCCAAGUUGCUCUGGAAUCCUUGACAAAAGGACGUACUGUUCUGACGAUAGCACAUCGACUCAGUACAAUUCGAAAUGCCCAGAAGAUUGUUGUACUGGACAAUGGAAGGAUAGCCGAAGAGGGAAGCUACGAGGAGCUUUCAAUGCGUGAGGAAGGACUUUUCCGGGAGUUGGUGAAGAGGCAGACAUUUCAGCUGCACUGAAGACACUUUAUAGGGAUCAAUUAGGUAUGUAUUUAAUUUGUGUAAUUUAUUUUUCAAUAAAUAGAUUUUUUGUAGAUAA